AUGGACGUGCCAAUUCUCUCCAAGAACGUCAUCUCAACCACCGCCAUGCGUCGUCGAAGUCUCCCCGAUCAUCAAAACGGUCGUCUUACCCUCCCAGACAAGCUCACAGCCGAACUCCCCCAAUCCUCCUCCCCUCUCCUAAACCUCCCUCCUGAAAUCCUACAGAUUAUCUUGGACCGGACAGACCCACAAAGCCGCCUUAUGUUGGCCCUCACCUGCAAAGGACUACUAAACGUCCUCUCCGACCAACUGAGCCCCGACGCCCUCAUCCCUUCGACGACCUCCGGUCGGUACGAAAUGCUCAGGCUGCUACAUCCUCGGGUUCCCCGCACCCUCGCGCUGAGCCAGGAGUGGAACAUCUGUCGUCGCUGCGAGAGACUCAAGCCGACUGCGAGGGCAUACUGGACGGCGAAGCCGGUGGGAGAGCGCCCUCGUAGUCGCGUGGCACGAAUGCAACGGCUUACCUGGGCGCAAGUGAUUGCGGAGUUUCGACAGAAAUCCGUGGAAAUGUGUCCCGCUUGCAUUAUGAUCAAGGGUCUUCCUGAGAGAAGGUCCAUGUUGGAUCCACGGCGGAUCAUUGAGCGAUAA